CCUUGACAGAAGCAGAAACUAUGAAAGUUGUGUUGUUUGUGUGUAUGUUGACCGUGGUCAUUGCUGGCGAGGCGGACACAGAGGUUAACAACAUCAAUUCCGUGAUUAAGCAACGUGAUGGCGAAGACAAGUAUGUUGUUUGUACACUGGCUGACGCCGCCGAGACGUCUCAGAUCUCUUUAGACGACAUCAGCACAUCCAAGUAUCAAGACAAACACACCAUCAGACGGCGCUCUAUCGACUGCAAACAAGACGCCCGCUACCGGACAAUGGACGGAAGUUGCAACAAUGCUCGCUGGCCAACCUGGGGAUCAACUAACCAACCAUUCCAGAGAUUUAUUGAUCCUGUAUAUGAUGAUGGCAAGUUCGUUCCCCGAAUGAGAGGCGUUGACGGUAAUCCACUUCCCAGUCCACGCGCUGUCAGUGUGGCCGUACAUCCGGAUGUUGACAGUCCUUCUGACGACAACACGGUGAUGGUGAUGCAGUGGGGCCAGUUUGUGGACCACGACCUCACCGGAACUCCCCUCCAUGCAGGUGAUGUUCAAUCUAAAUGUUGCGAUGGUCACACACCUGGAGAGAUGCAUUCUGAUGUACGAGCUGGCGGCCCUUGUUUCCCAAUCACAAUGCCAGUAAAUGAAGGACAUUUCCAAAAGAACUGCAUGGAGUUCAAAAGAUCAGCCCCAGCACCUGGAAGGCAUACCCGAGAACAGUUGAACCUACUGACGGCGUUCGUGGACGCCUCUAACGUGUACGGCCCCAGUCAGAAUCAAAUCAAUCACCUCAGGAAAGGACCCUACAUAAAAACCAAGGGAGAUAACCUGUUAUCAGAAUCCAACCGAGGCAACUGUCGAACAAGCAAUACCAACGAAUGGUGUUUUGAAGCUGGUGAUGGCCGUGUGAACGUGUUCCCUGGUCUGGCCGUGCUACACACCGUGUUUGUCCGAGAACACAAUCGUCUUGUCAAAGAACUUGCUGAUGUCAUGCCAUCGACCACUCCUGAUGAUGUCUUGUUUGAGGAGGCCAGAAAGAUCUUGUCAGCCAUCAUCCAACAAGUCACCUACCGCGAGUGGCUGCCCAUUAUUGUUGGGCCCUUGGCCAUGAGGAAGUACAGACUGACACCUGGCUUCAGCUUCAGGUACAACUUCACCCAAAACCCCACCAUCUACAACGUUUUUGCCACCGCCGCCUUCAGAUACGGCCACUCCACCAUUCCACGUUUCCUGACCCUCGGAGAUCGACAUGUACCAAUAGAGGAACUCUUCAACAGACCUUCUGAAGUCAUCAAAGAUCUAGACACCGUGCUGAAGGCCAUCCUCAAGGACAGAGAUCAGGAGGUCAACCGCUUCAUCAACAGUGGGAUGACUGAGCAUUUGUUUGAGACGUCGGGCAAUAAUGGCCUUGACAUCGUGUCCUUGAACAUUCAGAGAGGUCGUGACCAUGGCCUGCCAUCAUACAACAGCUUCCGCAAGGCAUGUCAGCUAUCAAAAGUGACUUCAUUUGAUGACAGUAUAUUUGGUAAAGCAGGAGCUGCUUUGAAAAGUUUAUACAGUUCCCCUGAUGACAUCGACGUCUUCACCGGUGCAGUAGCUGAACAGCACGUGAAUGGAGGCGCAGUGGGCCCUCUCCUCGCUUGUCUGAUUGGUCAACAGUUUCAUGACCUGAAAUAUGGCGACUCAUUCUGGUUCGAAACAUCCCACCCAAGAAAGGGCUUUACACCAGAACAACUUUCUGAGAUCCGACGAAUGCGCUUUGCCAAAAUUCUUUGUAGGAAUUCAGGAGUGAAGUUUAUCCAAAGAGAUCCUUUUACAGUGUACUCAAACGAAAGCAAUCCUAUGAUAUCCUGCAACGAUCUUCCAACAAUUGAUUUAACCAAAUGGCGGAGAUGAGAAGUUUCUUGGCCUGCCCUUAGGUUGGACAAAAAGCUCCGAAAACUUUUAACAUAAUAUUUUCUUCGUAUGAGGUGUUCCAACAUGUAUAGCCAACACUACUGGUCCUGAUUUGUAAGAUCCAUAAAUCACCGAACACAUUACAUUUUUGACAUUUCUGUUAAAUUGUCAUGAUACUAAAUAUGUAAGUACAUUUAGGUAUAGCAUUUCACUAAUAAUGCUGAAAUGAUGAACUGAAAUAUCAGAUAAAAUCAGUGACACUAUCAAAGUAUUUAAUGAUGGUAUACAAGUAGCCAUUGUAUGAUGUCCAAUUUUUCUUAGGUUAAUAUUGGCAGUAUAUGUUUAUGGUAUUGUAUAAUUUAUUCACAUAAGAGCAUAAACAUAUACUUCAUGUAUGACUUGCACUAUUUCACAGAUCUAUAAAAGAGAUGUUUUUCAUUUCAUGUCAUUGUAUGAUAUUGUAUAAUAUAUUUUUUGAUGUUGUGCUAAAAACAACUAUUGAUAUAUGUGAUCAUGUGUGAGUGAGUGAGUGAGUAUGGUUUUACGCCGCUUUUAGCAAUAUUCCAGCAAUAUCACGGCAGGGGACACCAGAAAUAGGCUUCACACAUUGUGCCCAUGUCGGGAAUCGAAGCGAGCGAACGCUUUAACCGCUAGGCUACCCGACCGCCCCUCAUUAUGUGUGAAAAUUCAUAUAUCGUGUUUAAUAGAAACAAUAUUGAAUAAUACUUGUAUUCUAACAUGUAUCACAUUGAAUUGUAUUUGUUUGUUUUACAACUUAUUUUGUAAUAAACACCUUCUCUUUUGCA